AGGGAGGAGAAGAAGAGGGGUGGAGCACUGUCAUGAACAUGGGCGACAAAAAAAUCUAACAACUACACAAACCCACUGCUUCUAUUCCUCUCUUUUACCUUUUUUUGUGUACUAUUAUAUAUUAUUUUUUUCCAGGACUUUAAUUAGCAGAUUUUUCUUUUUUAACCCCGUGAACACAACACAAAGCUGAAGAUGUCUCGGGGAGUGAUCCAACCCAGCCAGCAAAAACUGGCUGAAAAACUCACCAUCCUCAACGACAGAGGCGUCGGGAUGCUGACCCGUGUGUACAACAUCAAAAAGAAGUCGAGCUGCUACGAAACAUCUCCGAAAACGGCAUGUGGCGAUCCCAAGGCCAAGCCGUCGUACCUCGUCGAUAAGAACUUGGAGUCGGCGGUUAAAUUUAUCGUCAGGAAGUUUCCCGCCGUGGAGACGAGGAAUAAUAACCUGGCUCAGCUGCAGAAGGAAAAGUCAGAGAUCCUGAAGAAUCUGGCUCUCUACUAUUUUACCUUCGUAGAUGUGAUGGAGUUUAAGGACCAUGUGUGUGAACUGCUGAACACUAUCGACGCCUGCCAGGUCUUCUUCGAUAUUACGGUGAACUUUGACCUGACCAAGAACUACUUGGACCUGGUUGUGACUUACACUACUCUGAUGAUAAUCCUGUCUCGCAUUGAGGAGAGGAAAGCUAUCAUCGGCCUGUACAACUACGCUCAUGAGAUGACACACGGAGCCAGUGACCGAGAGUACCCCAGAUUGGGCCAGAUGAUCGUGGAUUAUGAAAACCCUCUGAAGAAGAUGAUGGAGGAGUUUGUUCCACACGGAAAGUCCCUGUCAGAUGCGUUGGUCAGUCUUCAGAUGGUUUAUCCCAGGAGGAAUCUGUCCGCUGACCAGUGGAGGAACGCACAGCUGCUCUCUCUCAUCUCAGCUCCUUCCACCAUGCUCAAUCCUGCACAGUCCGACACUAUGCCAUGUGAAUACCUGUCGCUGGACGCAAUGGAGAAAUGGAUUGUUUUUGGAUUCAUCCUUUGCCACGCGGUGCUGAACAGCGACGCAGCAGCGUUGUCUUUGUGGAAGCUGGCUCUGCAGAGCUCCACCUGCCUCUGUCUGUUCAGGGAUGAAGUCUUCCACAUCCACAAGGCAGCAGAGGACCUGUUCGUCAACAUCAGAGGGUACAACAAACGCAUCAAUGACAUCAGAGAGUGCAAGGAACAGGCCCUGUCUCAUGCAGGCUCCAUGCACAGAGAGAGACGCAAGUUUCUCCGAUCGGCUCUGAAGGAGUUGGCGACCGUCUUAGCCGACCAACCUGGACUACUAGGUCCAAAGGCGUUAUUUGUGUUCAUGGCGCUGUCGUUCGCCCGUGACGAGAUCAUCUGGCUGCUUCGACACGCCGACAACAUCCAGAAGAAAAGCACAGACGACUUCAUAGACAAACACAUAGCAGAGUUGAUCUUCUACAUGGAAGAACUCCGAGCUCACGUGAGGAAGUACGGACCGGUGAUGCAGCGAUAUUACGUCCAGUACCUGUCCGGCUUUGAUGCUGUGGUGCUGAAUGAACUGGUGCAGAACCUGUCUGUGUGUCCGGAGGAUGAGUCGAUAAUCAUGUCUUCAUUUGUGAACACUAUGACUUCCCUCAGUGUCAAACAAGUGGAGGACGGAGAGGUGUUUGACUUCAGAGGAAUGAGACUGGACUGGUUCAGACUGCAGGCCUACACCAGCGUCUCUAAAGCCAGUCUCGGCAUAGCUGAUCACAAGGAGCUCGGUAAAAUGAUGAACACUAUCAUCUUCCACACAAAGAUGGUGGACUCGCUGGUGGAAAUGCUGGUGGAGACAUCAGACCUGUCCAUUUUCUGCUUCUACAGCCGUGCAUUUGAGAAGAUGUUCCAGCAGUGUUUGGAGCUUCCCUCCCAGAGCCGACACUCCAUCUGCUUCCCUUUGCUUUGCACACACUUCAUGUCCUGCACACACGAGCUUUGUCCCGAGGAGCGUCACCACAUAGGGGAUCGAAGCCUGUCGUUGUGCAACAUGUUUCUGGAUGAAAUGGCCAAACAGGCCCGAAACCUGAUAACUGACAUCUGCACUGAACAAUGUACACUCAGCGACCAGCUGCUUCCCAAGCACUGUGCGAAAACCAUCAGCCAAGCCGUGAACAAGAAGAGUAAGAAGGCGACGGGGAAGAAAGGCGAGCCGGAGAGAGAGAAACCAGGAGUGGAGAGCAUGAGGAAGAACAGACUACUGGUCACCAAUCUGGAUAAACUCCACACAGCAUUAUCUGAACUCUGCUUCUCCAUCAACUACGUUCCCAACUUGGUGGUCUGGGAGCACACGUUCACACCCAGAGAGUACCUCACCUCGCACCUCGAGAUCCGAUUUACCAAGUCUAUAGUGGGGAUGACCAUGUACAACCAGGCUACUCAGGAGAUAGCCAAGCCCAGCGAGCUGCUGACCAGCGUCCGCGCCUACAUGACGGUGCUGCAGUCCAUAGAGAACUACGUCACCAUCGACAUCACCCGAGUCUUCAACAACGUCCUCCUGCAGCAGACGCAGCACCUGGACAGCCACGGAGAGCCCACCAUCACCAGUCUGUACACAAACUGGUACUUGGAGACGUUGCUCCGUCAGGUCAGUAACGGACACAUCGCUUACUUCCCCGCCAUGAAGGCCUUCGUCAACCUUCCCACAGAGAACGAGCUCACCUUCAACGCCGAGGAAUACUCUGACAUCUCCGAGAUGCGUUCACUGUCGGAGCUGUUGGGUCCGUACGGUAUGAAGUUCCUCAGCGAGAGUCUGAUGUGGCACAUCUCGUCACAGGUCGCCGAGCUGAAGAAACUGGUGGUAGAGAACAUGGAGGUUUUGACCCAGAUGAGGACGAGCUUCGACAAACCAGAACACAUGGCGGCCCUUUUCAAGAAACUCUCCUCUGUUGACAGUGUUUUGAAGAGAAUGACUAUCAUCGGAGUCAUCUUGUCCUUCCGCUCGCUGGCUCAGGAGGCUCUGAGAGAUGUGUUAUCCUGUCAUAUUCCUUUCCUGGUCAGUUCAGUGGAGGAUUUCAAAGACCACAUUCCCAGAGAGACGGACAUGAAGGUGGCCAUGAACGUCUACGAGCUGUCGUCGGCGGCAGGUUUACCCUGUGAGAUCGACCCGGCCUUGGUGGUGGCUCUGUCCUCACAAAAGAGCGAGAACAUCAGUCCGGAGGAGGAGUACAAGAUCGCCUGUCUGCUGAUGGUGUUCGUGGCCGUUUCAUUGCCGACUCUGGCCUGCAACGUGAUGUCACAGUACAGCCCCGCCAUAGAAGGUCAUUGUAACAACAUCCACUGCCUGGCCAAAGCCAUCAACCAGAUCGCUGCGGCUCUCUUCACCAUCCACAAGGGAAGCAUAGAGGACCGCCUCAAAGAGUUCCUGGCUCUGGCCUCCUCCAGCCUGUUGAAGAUCGGCCAGGAGACGGACAAGAUGACGACACGUAACAGAGAAUCUGUCUACCUGCUGCUGGACAUGAUCGUGCAGGAGUCUCCCUUCCUGACGAUGGACUUGCUGGAGUCCUGUUUCCCCUACGUCCUGCUGCGAAACGCCUACCACGCCGUCUACAAACAGAGCAUCAGCGCUAACGCAUAAACACACACUAAACACACACACACAGAGACGGCCUACCGUGCUGUCUACCGUACGUAGACACACACACACAUACACACACUAAAACAACAACAACAAACUAAACACUACACCUACAAUGCCUCAACGUACAAUUCUGUCAAAAAACAAACAACAACAACAACAUGCACCUGUAACACACUAAACUCUUAAAAAAAAAAACCUGAACAAAUACACUAAAAACGGCCAAAAGAACAUGAGAAAAAGACCCGCUGACGUUUCAGUGCACGACAACAACGACAAACAAACGUACUAGAAAUUAGACAAACUUGAACAGAACAGUGUCGACGCCUCUGACGCACUGAAACAGACACACAACAAACACUUAGCUGGAUGAAGUUGGGGGAUCAGUGUCUUUAUUUUAAAUCAUUGUACUUUUUUUUCCACGAUGUUGCCAGGGGACCGUAACCAUAGCAACACAUAAUAUACCAUAUGUUUUGAUUUGGUAUAAAAAAGGACAAAAAUAUAAAUAUAUAGUAUAUAUAUAGUUGACACUAAAAUAUUCCUUUUUUUUUUCUCUCUUUCUCUUUUCUUUUUGUUUUUUGAUGAAAGAUUUGAGAUUUUUAGUGGCCAGCUGACAAACUUCUAUGUGGUGGAUUUGGAUGCUUUUUAUUUUGGGGAAUGCAAAAAAUGAAUCUGAUGUGAUGUGUAGUUUUCUUUUUUUUCUUUCUUUCUUUUUCUUUUUUUUUUUCUUUUAUUGAGGAGGGUCGGUGAGGAUUCCUGUGUUUAUAAUGAAAGACACAUUGCUUGUUAAUGUAAGUUUACACACACAUACAUACAUAGAUAAAUAAUAUAUAUAUACACACACAUACACACAUAUAUAAAUAGAAAGAAAAACAUCCUAAAAACUACACACACACACACACACAUACACACACUUGUAUAACAUGGUGAUGUUUUCUUUCUUUUUUUCUAGCUAGUCGUAACAUGAACUUUUUUGUGGGUAAAGAUAUAAUAUCUGUAUUCUACUUUGAUGUGAACUGAACUCGUCUGUUUUUAAAUGUUUAUGUUUCUGUUUUAUUUUUAUGAUGACCGACAAUGAUGAUGCUGAUGAUGAUGAUGAUGAUGACAAUUUGCCAAAUGUGUUAACACUUAAAAAGAAAAAGGAAAAAAAAGAAGAAGAAAAAAUUGUGUAUCAGGGCUUGCAAGUUUGAGAGUGUUUGGGUGUUUAAAACAUGGGGGAAGGGGAGGGGAGGGGGAAAGGACAUUUUAAGUGUUUUUUUGGGGAGGGGGGGGGGGUGAUAGACGCUCUGGACUAUGCGGCAGCUCGGUUAACAGAAAGGUUGUUUAACAAUAACAGUGGGAACAAACUUUAAAUGAAACAAUACUGCAGUAAUACUACACUACAGUAACAGUACUUUACACUACAGGCUCAUAUUCCCCUCAGCUGCUGUUAAUAAAAACUCUCUUGGUUAGGUUAAAGGUCCAGUCGGUGCUGCUUGUUCCCCUUUAAAAAAGUAGAACUGAACAAUCCAGAUAGACAUAUAAUUUAUAUUAAAAACAGUUUCUGACUUCUGGCUCCUUUAAAAAAAUAAAUAAACCUGAAAUGUUCAGUUUUCAUCUUUAUAUCGAGGGACGUUUCAGCACUUUUUUAGUUUCUGCAUCUAAUUUUUUUUUUUUAAUAGUUGCAGUUAUUGUAGUGCUGGAAGAGGAAGAGGAGGAAGAAGAGGAGGAAGGGAGGAAACCGUGCCUUGCUCCCAAAAAAAAAAGGCACCUUUAACAGCAGCUGGGAAAAAAAGGGGCGUUCACCACCUUUACACCUUACACUCCGCCGUUAGAUUUAAACGUGUUAGUAUUUCUUAACUUAAUAAAUAAAUAAAUAGGAGCAUUUAAAAGUAACCAGUUCCUCCAUUCAACACACACACACACACACUAAGAAAGGAGGAGGGGAAAAAAUAUCCAUCUCAGAUCUGUGAAAGUCAAAGAAAAACCUGGAGCUGCAAUAAGAUAAAUAAAAAAAAUAAAUAUAUAUAUUAAAAAAAAACAAAAAAAACACUCUUGGUGACUAUUUCACUGGAUUUGUAAAACUGUGGUCGAUGAUGAACUUUCCAUACUUUCAGGCGGUUGAGCGCGGGACCUUUUUUUUUUUUUGACGGCCUCCAGACAAGACGGGGGACGACUCUGACAAAGUGCAGUCUGAAUUGUUCUUUAUUCUUUUUUGUUUUCUUUUUUUAAUUCUUCUUCUCGAUCAAGGCAUGGCAAAGGGCUACAUAUUGAGACACUUAACACAAACAAACCAUGCUCCCUUUAUGCCAGCCCUCUGCUAAUGUGUCACUAACACCAGGGCUCUGUCUUUUAAAAAGCUCAUCGUGCAUACUAUUCAAAAACUGUACUUUCUAACCUAAUAUAUAUAGAGGAUAAAGUGGAAGUGGCAUUUACAGUAUGUAGCAGGAACACACUAAAAAUAAUCUAGUAAAUGAAGCGUUGUACACUUCACAGUAGGGGUUACGUUAGUAUGCAUUAUAAGCACGACUGGGGGACAGAUCUGUUGGGACACAUUCUGCCAAUUUGAUGUGGAAACGGUUGCUGUUUUUUUUUUUCUUUCCUAAAGCUCUUUUUUGUGUCUCUGAUUCCACCGUGUAACUUAAAAAUAACAUGAAUAAAAUCAAACUUUAGGGCUGUGUCAG